AUGCUUAAUUUUACAGGUGAGACAAGAAGAAGGAAUGUUAACUUAGGUUCAAGAUCUAAGCCAUCAAAACGAGAUAUAUUGCUGAAAGCAGAGAGAGAUAGGACGAAAAGAGCACAAGAACGUAGGGAAAAUAGUGCAGUGAUUAAAUUACAAAAGACAAUUAGAAGACAUCUAGGAAUUGCAAAAUAUUUUGCAACCCAAUGUAUAAAUUGUACAACUGACCCUAAGGGUGAUACGUCGGGAAAGGAUAUACACCUUUUUCCAGUAUUUGGUUUUAAAUUACUUUAUUAUAUUCCUAUUGAUCAUCUGAAAAGAUUGCUGAUCAAAUAUCAGAAGUAUUAUAUUCGAUAUCCCAACAAUUUAAUCAAUCAAAAGACGUAUCUUUUAUUGAGCAAAUUAUCAAACGAGUAUAUAUUACCAGAAUGCAUUGAUAUCAUUAAUUUAAAUUUACUGAAUGGAAUUGAAUUUAUGUCGUUAGGAUUUUUACCCUUUGUUAUUAACAAUCCCAAUUUGAACUUUAAUUUAAUAGAUAUAUUACCAAACUUUUUUUCAUCAUUAAAAUUAAAAACCAACCCUGAAACUAUACAGAACAUUACACUCCCUCUAAUGACAUCAGUGAUAAAAGAUCCUAUCGAAUCGUUAUCGCUUAGAACACUUCUCCCAAUUAUUGCUGAAAAUCAAUUAUUACCAAUAAUGACACACUUGGACCAGGACUCCUUACAAAUAGUAUUUAAUAAUCUUUGUUUUCUUCAUACAACGGUACAGGACAAGGAGUAUAUAGAAAAAAAAUUGAUAGAGGUUCUAACAUAUUAUCAUGAGGUUAGAAUAAUAAAUGAUACACCAUUUUAUAACGACUUUAUUGCAUCCCUUUUUGAAUCACAAUUUUCUAAACGACUUGUCAAUUUAGUAUCAACUGACGUAAUCUCAUUAUCAUUAUUAGUUUCAUAUAUUAAUAUCUCAAAAAUGACUAGUAUUGGUUACAAGAAUAAUUUAUUGGUAGUAUUAUUAACAAAUAAAAUCUUAUGUGAAAAAAUAUUCGAUGACCUUUUUAAAUAUCCUUCAAUUGAAGAUAUAAUGGAUUCUACUAUAAAUAGCCUUGAAAUUGCCAUCGAGCUACUAGAUUUUUAUUUAGCAUUAGCCACAGACUCUGAAAUAUUUAAUGAUCAAAGUUCGAUACCUAUAUCAUCAAUCAAGAAAUUUUCUAUCAUGCUAAAGGACGUAGUCUUUGAUGAAUUAUGGAAUAAACAAAGAGAGAUGAGAGGUAAAAUUUUAGAUGUUGCUAUUAAUUUAUUAACUAAGAUAUAUAUUCGUGACUCCAGGACGCAUUUUUGUUCUGAAAGAGCAGAUUCCGAUUUUUGGACUAUCGACGAUCCUGCCUUUACGAAAACCACCAUUUAUAAAUUAAUUGAUCAAUUUAAUUCCUAUUAUAAAAGUAUUAAUGAUUUUUUGGAUUCACAUUCUUCAUCUGAAAUAAUGUUAUUACAAAGAAAUUCAAAGAUAGAAUCAUUAAAUCAUAUGAUUGAAUCAUGGUCUGGUAAUACCCCUAUUCGUCAUAUAAAUAAAUUAGAAAUUCUAAUUAGGGUUCCCUUUUUCAUUCAUUUUGAUAAACGUGUGGAAGUAUUUUAUACAUUAAUCGGAUUAGAUAGGCGCGAAUUAGGUAUAGAUGAUAAUUCACCACAGUCAUUUAUGAAUGCUAUGAUCCCUGGUCGUUUAGGUAGAUGGACCUCAACAAUUUCAAGAGAUAAUAUAUUAGAGGAUGCAAUGGAAGCGUAUAACAAUAAAGGUGAUCUAUUUAAGUCUUCAUUAUCUGUUAAAUUUAUCAAUGAAUUUGGUCCCGAAGAAGGUAUAGAUGGCGGUGGUGUCACUAAAGAAUUUUUAACUAGUGUUGCUGAAGAAGGAUUUAAAGAUGCUAAGUACGGAUUAUUUACUACAAAUGAACAAUAUGAGUUAUACCCACACCCUACGGGAGACAUAAUGGCUUUAGAAAGAUUAUCAUUUAUGGGUAAAAUUGUUGGGAAAUGUCUAUAUGAUCAUGUAUUGAUUGAUAUUGAUUUUGCUAGAUUUUUCUUAAAGAAAUUAUUAAAUUAUUCCAAUAUGUUUAGAUCUACAUUUGAUGAUUUAAAUAGUUUGGAUAGUACUUUAUACAGGACACUAACGAAAUUAUUAGCCAUUGAUAAUACAAAAGAGAUUGAUUCCUUAGAUUUAUAUUUUGAAAUAAAUGAUUCUAAAGGGAAUAUAAUUGAAUUAAUACCGAAUGGUAGUAAGACAAAAGUCAAUAAGCAUAAUAUAUUAAAAUAUGUGUUAAAGAUUGCAGAAUAUAAAUUAGAUAAUUCACUCUUAGAGGCAGUUACUGCUUUCCAUAGAGGUCUUAGCGUUAUGAUUCCACCAAUAUGGCUAGAAAUGUUUAACCCCGAAGAAUUUGAAAUGUUAAUCUCUGGUGGUAAAAAAGAUUUUGAUAUUGUUGAUCUUCAAAAUAAUACAGAAUAUGGUGGAUAUAAAGAAGAUGAUAUUACAAUUAGAAACUUUUGGGAUAUUAUUAAUGAUAUGACAUCUGAAGAGAGAUGUAAAUUCUUAAAAUUUGUCACAUCUGUACCACAGGCUCCAUUACAAGGUUUUGAAUCUUUGGAUCCAAAAUUUGGAAUACGUAACGCAGGAAAUGAUUUAACAAGAUUACCAACUGCCUCUACAUGUGUGAAUUUGUUAAAACUACCAGAUUACGUUGAUAAAGAGACCAUGCGCUCAAAAUUGUUAUAUUCUAUAAACUCCGGUGCACGUUUUGACUUAUCAUAA